AUGCCAUCCUUGCCUCAGGAAGGAGACAGUCAAGGACCUUCUCAACUAGGUCUGGAUUCAGAAUUGUCUUUUGAAAACAAAAUGAAAAGAAAAGUCAGAAAGAAGAAGAAGAAUGGAGCCAUCACAGCAAAUGUUUCUGGUACAAAAUUUGAAAUUGUUCGUUUAGUAAUAGAUGAGUUGGGAUUUGUGAAAACUCGAGAUGAAGAUGAAACGAGUAAUCUUAUAUGGUGUGAUGCUGCCGUUCAGCAGGAAAAGAUUGCAGAGCUACAGAACUACCAGAGAAUCAACCAUUUUCCAGGAAUGGGUGAGAUCUGCAGGAAGGAUUUCUUAGCAAGAAAUAUGACCAAAAUGAUCAAAUGUAAUCCUCUGGAAUAUACUUUUGUACCCCGAACAUGGAUCUUCCCAUCAGAAUAUACCCAGUUCCAGAACUAUGUAAAAGAAUUGAAGAAAAGAAGGAAACAGAAAACUUUUAUUGUUAAACCAGCAAAUGGUGCAAUGGGUCAUGGGAUCUCUUUGGUAAAAAAUGCUGAAAAACUGUCAGCCCAGGACCACUUGAUUGUCCAAGAAUACAUUGAUAAACCUUUCCUUAUGGAAGGCUACAAGUUUGAUUUACGAAUUUACAUUCUCAUAACAUCCUGUGAUCCAUUAAAAAUAUUUUUAUAUCAUGAUGGGCUUGUGAGAAUGGGGACAGAGAAGUAUAGUCCACCUAAUGAUACAAAUUUGAGCCAACUCUAUAUGCAUCUGACAAACUACUCUGUGAACAAACAUAAUGAGCGCUUUGAACGGGAUGAAACUGAAGAUAAAGGCAGCAAGCGGUCCAUCAAAUGGUUUACUGAAUUCCUACAAACAAAUAAAUACGAUGUUGCUAAGUUUUGGAAUGAUAUCUCAGAAUUGGUGGUAAAAACUCUGAUUGUAGCAGAACCACAUGUCUUGCAUGCAUAUCGAAUGUGUAGACCUGGACAACCUCCGGGAAGUGAAAGUGUCUGCUUUGAAGUCCUGGGAUUUGAUAUUUUGUUGGACCGAAAGCUGAAACCGUGGCUUUUGGAGAUUAAUCGAGCCCCUAGCUUUGGAACUGAUCAGAAAAUAGAUUUUGAUGUGAAAAAAGGAGUAUUGCUUAAUGCUCUGAAGUUACUCAAUAUCAGGACUAGUGACAAAAGGAGAAACUUGGCUAAACAAAAAGCAGAAGCUCAGAAGAGACUUUAUGGUCAAGGUUCAGUGAAAAGGCUGUCGCCAGGCUCUUCAGACUGGGAGAAACAACGGCACCGAAUCGAGAGAAGGAAAGAGGAGUUGAAAGAGAGACUUGCCCAGGUUCGUAGGCAGGUAUCCAAAGAAGAGCAUGAAAAUCGACACAUGGGGAACUACAGGCGAAUUUAUCCUCCUGAAGACAAAUCAUUACUUGAAAAAUAUGAGCAUUUAUUGGCCACUGCCUUUCAGACAUUUCUUUCGGGAAGAGCAACUUUGUUUCAGCGAGAACUGAAUAAUCCUUUAAAAAGAAUGAAGGAGGAAGAUAUUUUGGACCUUCUGGAACAGUGUGAAAUAGAUGAUGAGAAGUUAAUGGGAAAAACUGUCAGAAAUCGAGGACCCAAGCCUCUACAUUCCAUGCCUGAAAGCUCACAAGUAGUAAAAAAACAAAAGAACUACAGUAGUGAGAGCAGUUUUGAAAGCAGUGAUGAUUCCUACGAAUCUGAUGAAAUGGAUCGAGAAGAAUUCGCAGGUUCACUUGCCGACAAGAAAGUCACUUAUGAUUUUGAAACCUGCAAAGUUCUAAGCAUGUCCUUCUCCCCAGGUUCCAUCAGACGUUCUCUCAGCUGUCCUCGAUCCGUCUCAGCGAAUCCGUCCAUGACUGACCAUCGUCCUCUUUCUGCCAGACAAGUGCUCUCACUCUCACGCCCAGCUUCUGGGGCCAGGUCUCAGUCUCUAAACCGUGCCUCCUCUUCCUCGAGGAGUUUACCACAACCUAAUAAUAAUAACACAGAGCAUCCUGAAACUCCAGUGCACCUGAGAACAAAAGAACAAGAGGAAGAAUUUACAAGGCAGACCUUGUUAAUCCUCCGAGACAUGAAGAUCAGGUUCCCCGGGAAAACCGAUGAAGAAUCAGAACGCAUCAUAGAAGAUAUCAUGGAAAACUGGAAGUUUCAUAAACCCAAAGUGGCUUCAUAUUGGCUCAUAAAAUUGGAUUCUGUAAAACAACGGAAGGUUUUGGACAUUGUGAAAACAAGCAUUCGCUCAGUUCUCCCACGUAUCUGGAAGAUUCCUGACAUGGAAGGUUUACAGUUGUUUCGAAUUUUUAAUCGGGUAUUUAAUCGCCUCCUCUGGAGCCAUGGCCAAGGAUUGUGGAAUUGCUUCUGUAAUUCAGGCAGCUCUUGGGAGACAAUAUUCAGCAAAAGUACAGAAGUGAUCACUCCUCAGCAGCUCCAGUGCUGCCAGCAGCUGGUUCAGCUUUGUAAACACUGCCUCCUAGUGGUUUACAAGUACGCAAGUGAUUCCAGAUUGGCAGUGUCUUCUAUGUGUCCAGACUGGGAAAAUACCAGGUAUUUACUGCCAGGAACUACACAGGUCAUCCUGAAAACACCGUCCUACAGCUUUUUCAACCCUCCUGCAGUGAAACAUCCCAAUGUUUUGUUUACAUCCAGAUAUACCCAUUUGUGA